AUGGAACAAACUUAUUCUGAUAUUAGUACUGGUAAUAAGAUUGAGGUACACAAAUUCUUGGAGGCUUUGGGAUUAUUAGAUAAUGAAGUCAUACCCGUCAACAUGGAUAAUGAUGACAAUAGCGAAUCUGACAUCGACGAAGAAGAUAGUAAUGAUGAAGAUAGUGAUGACGAUCAGGACAAUUAUUGGGACUCGGACCCUAGAAAAAAAUUUACCGGAUGGGAUUAUGAAAGAUGUUUUGGUGAAGAUGCUUUGAAAAAGCUUUAUCGAGACCAGGAAGCUCGUCAACGUUUUAUUCUUCUUAGGCUAUUUACCAUGCGCCUUUCUAAUUUAUCUAAGCAAGCAAAAAAUAGAUUAUUUGUCGCAUUUUCUAGAUCUAAUUCAUUUGGAGUAUUAGAACACAACGUAUUAUUGGAUGCUCUAGCUCAUCCUGUGAAAGGUUUAAAUCUUUUCGAAUACGAUGAACUCGGCUCGAAAAAAGAUCUGGGUUACCGAUAUAUCCGGAUUACCGAUAUAUCUGGAUUUGAGUGA